CAACAGGGGCAGCCCCAGGAGGGCAGGGAUGUAAACACAGGCAGGCUCCCUCUCCAGUCCCAGGAGGCUGGAGCAAGCUGCUGGAGCCAGACAAGGGCAGGGGAGGGAGUGGGGACCAAGAACUUCAGUGCGGCCCCCACACGUCUAUCACCCCCUUCUCGGCUCCCCUGAACCUACCUAACGCUGGGGCCCUUUCCCCUGGCUCUCCCAGGUCCUCUCCCUGGGUCAGGUCGGGGUUCUGCCUCCCUCCACCUGCCUUUCAAUUCUGCCCCUGAGCCAGAGGACUUCCUGGUCAUGACUCCUCUCCCGCCCCUCCACUGGCAGCCAGGUCUUCUCUCAGGUCUCCUCUCCCUGCUGUCUCUCCCUCUCCUCUAAAGUCCCAGCCUAUCACCCCCUGUGCUGACUCUGGGCAACAACCGCGGGUAAACAUCCCUAUCUCUGGCAGCCGAUCCAUCCCCACUCAGCACAUUCACGCCUGCUCCUGGCUUUGGCCCCGCGCCAAACCCUCAGCCUCCGGCCCCGUCCUUCCUUCUUGGGGCUCGGCCUUUCUCUGGUCACUCUGACACCAGGCAGCAUGGCUCAGGCCCGGCUUUGGCCUCAUCCUCCCUCUGGCUCUUGUCCGGGUCCCAGGACCGCCCCUGCAGGGCCCUCGCGGUCCCCGUCUGUGCGGUAGCCACUCCGCACCUCUCCUGCCGCACCUCUCCUGCCGUCUCUGGAGAAAACCAGUCCUAACACGCUGCGCCCGCCCCCUCCCAGGUCUGCCUCCCGCUCCCUCCCGCCGCGGCCCCGCCCCGGCCCCUGGGGCCCUCCCGCCCGCGCUGCGCCCGCCCCUCUGGACUGGCAGCACCGGGCUGGGCUGGCAGCCUGCGACGGGAGGGAGCCGAAGCAGGGCCUGACCAGAGGCCCGGCGGCGCCGAAGCUGGGAUUUGGCAGGAGCCGGACCCAGAGGUACAGCGGAGCCGAGCGUCCAGGCCCUGGGGUGGGGCUGAGUUUCUAUGAAGUGAAAGGAGCUCACCUAGGGAGCAGGGGAUCAGUGAUCCCGACUCCUGGGGACCGGGAUUUGAAUGGGGAGAGGAGCUGCUCCCACAGCCGCCCCCUCCCUGGGCCAGGUCAUGCGCUGCUCCAAGUGCCUGCUCUGCCUGUCAGCGCUGCUCACACUCCUGGGCCUCAAAGUGUACAUCGAGUGGACAGAGUCCCGGGUUAAGGCAUACCCAGAGCCCCGGGGUACUCUGCUGGACCCCACGGCCGCCAGCUCGGAGCCCACCCUGCCGGCCAACCUCUCAGCCCGCCUAGGCCAGACUGGCCUACUACCUUCAGCUUACUGGAACCAGCAGCAGUGGCGGCUGGGGACCCUGCCCAGUGAGGACAGCACUGAGACAGGGGGCUGCCAGGCUUGGGGUACUGCUGCCGCCGCUGAGAUCCCCGACUUUGCCUCCUACCCUGAAGACCUUCGUCACUUCUUGCUGUCAGCAGCUUGCCGGAGCUUUCCACAGUGGCUGCCUGCGGGUGAAGACAGCCAAGUGGCCAGCUGCUCCAGUGCUGACGUCCCUUACUUACUGCUGGCUGUCAAGUCGGAGCCUGGACGUUUUGCACAACGCCAGGCUGUGAGGGAGACAUGGGGCAGUGCAGCCCCUGGGAUCAGGCUGCUCUUCUUGCUGGGGUCCCCGGUGGGCAAGGAGGGACCUGACCUACGUGCACUGGUGACCUGGGAGAGCCGUCGCUAUGGUGACCUGCUGCUCUGGGACUUCUUUGAUGUCCUCUAUAACCAGACACUCAAAGACCUGCUGCUACUAACCUGGGUGGGUCACCACUGCCCUGAUGUGAACUUUGUCCUGCAAGUUCAGGAUGAUGCCUUUGUGCACAUCCCUGCCCUGCUGGGUCACCUGCAGUCCCUGCCACCUACUUGGGCACGAAGCCUCUAUCUGGGUGAGAUUUUUACCCAGGCCAAGCCUCUCCGGAAGCCUGGAGGGCCUUUCUAUGUGCCUGGAUCCUUCUUUGAGGGCGACUACCCAGCCUAUGCAAGUGGUGGUGGCUAUGUCAUUGCGGGGCGCCUGGCUCCCUGGCUCCUGCAGGCAGCAGCCCGUGUCGCACCCUUUCCUUUUGAUGAUGUCUACACUGGUCUCUGCUUCCGUGCUCUGGGCCUGGUGCCCCGGGGCCACUCAGGCUUCCAAACAGCCUGGCCAACAUACCGUAUCAUGGAUGCCUGCACUCUUCGAGGCCUGCUGCUUGUGCGACCCUUCAGCCCCCAGGACACUAUCCGGCUCUGGAAGCAACUUCGGAGCCCAAAGCUCAAGUGCGACCCUCAUUGGUAGUGGGGUGGGGGCAGGCUGGACCCUGACAUCUGCCUGCCCAGCCCCUCUGUUCAGGCCUGGAUGGGGGGCUGAGGUCCUAGAAAAGGACUGCAAGGGCACCUCCUGGGCCCUUUCUGGGGAAGGACAGGGCAGACAGGACAAAACAGCAGACUGUUUUAAGUCUUUCUGUUUUUGAAAAAUAUGCACUUCCCACUGUGA